AUGACUCGCCUUAUUUCUGGCGAGAUUCAACUUUAUUUGCUUGAUUUGAAUGAGAAUGGACAAUGCAAAGAAAUGGAUUUAGUCAGGGUCUCCGCUGCCUACCAACGUCAAGUCGGUGAUUAUGCAGCUUAUUAUGUUGAAGCUCUUCGCUAUUUGGGAUGUGAGGAUUUGGAAAAUCUGAAAAUGUCAGAAAGGGAAGAAUAUGCUCUUUUGCUUUGUGUUGCUGCACUUUUAGGUGAAGGGGUUUAUAAUUUUGGUGAAUUGCUGGCCCAUCCAAUUUUGGAAGCACUUAUGGGAGGUCCAAAGGAAUGGAUUGUUAAUGCCUUAUAUGCUCUAAAUGCUGGAGAUUGGAAUGAGUUUGAUAAGAUGGCAGCUCGUCACCCUCCAAAGCAAAGAAAUCUUUCUUUUGCAAACAUCGCAAAAACGGCACAUUUGGAAGAAGAUCAAGUUGAAUUGCUUGUUAUGAAGGCUUUGGCUAAUGACUUAAUUAAAGGGCAUAUUGAUCAGAUAAGCCAAAUUGUCAAUAUUACUUGGAUACAACCGCGAGCACUUUCUUCUGAACAGGUUUUAAAUUAA